GUUGAGUGCCUGAGACCCCCCCAGCCCGGCACAGACUCGGCGGUUGAGUGGCCAGGCCGGGACCGUCGCUUCCCUCACGUCCACAGAGCAGCGGGGAGGAGUAGCCCGGGCCCCCGGCGGCGCGGGGGGAAGAUGGUGGCGAAGCAGCGGAUCCGGAUGGCGAACGAGAAGCACAGCAAGAACAUCACCCAGCGGGGCAACGUCGCCAAGACCUCGAGAAACGCCCCCGAGGAGAAGGCAUCCGUGGGGCCCUGGUUGUUGGCGCUGUUCAUCUUUGUGGUUUGUGGCUCAGCUAUCUUCCAAAUUAUUCAGAGUAUCAGGAUGGGCAUGUGAAGGCGCUGACCUUAAACAAGUUGUUUUCAUCUUCCUGUGAAUUACAAUGAACUGUCAUUCCUAAUGUUUGAUACCCUGGUCUAAAAACUUAAUUCAUGAUACUGUCCUGCUCCAGAACGAUUUUCCAUAUUGGCCAUAUGUCAUUCCAGGUUCCUUCACGAGUCAUUCCAAGUUUUCUAGUCAAUACCACAGUGCCUUGAAAAGCACCACAUGUAUAAAGCAAUAAAAUUCUAUUGUUGAUCUACAA